GUGGCGAGAUAUCCAAUCGACAGCAUCAUCAUAGAGAAAGAUGGAGUGCGAUUGCCAACCAACAUAUGACAGCGUGUUCAGAACGGCACCCUACUCAUCGAGAAUGUGCAACGUACUGCCGAUCAGGGUACAUACACUUGCGUUGCCCGCAACAAACACAACUAUACAGCGCAGCGUACGGUGGAGGUGAAAGUUUUGGUUCCCCCACGCAUUUCACCAUUCAACUUCGAAGAGGAAAUCACCGAAGGAAUGCGUACGCAACUUAUGUGCUCGAGUAGUCAAGGCGACCAGCCUUUCAAUAUAACUUGGUUAAAGGACAAUGUACCUAUAGUGAGCAAUGUCGCACACAAAUUACCCGUCGCGAAUUUACCAAAUGAUUUGAAUGGCGGUAUUGGCGGCAAUGGGCAUAUCGGUGGUGGUGGUGGUAGUGCUGGUGGAGGCAAAAGCAAUAGUCCAACAGACAGUUCGCUCACCAUCAAUGAGUAUACACCAUUUUCCAGCAUCAUUUCCAUACACAAUGUGACGUCACGCCAUAACGGCAACUACACGUGUCGUGUGAGCAAUCGCGCGGGAUCCGUUGAGUAUACGGCGGUACUGUCCGUUUCGGGUAAAUUUGUGAAUGUGAUAUGUAAAACCGUUAAUGGCACCAAAAAAAAAACAAUAAGAAACUUACAACUGCAAUUGUAUGCAACUAAAAAAAAUAUCGAGCACUUGCUUCCAGCUAAUAAUGCACUUUAAA